UCCAAAACUCGAUCUUCUUCUCAAGCUCCUCGGCGAGUUUAAACAUGGUCAUCGAACUUUAGUUUUUUAAUUUGUGUCGUCUCUUUUUUAAUCUGAGUUUGCACCUUCGAUAGGAGAGCAGCAUCACACCCGCACGCGUAUUCACGACCCGUUUCGAGAUUAACAGAGUGGACGAAGACCGUUGCAAAAGCUUUUAUAGCGGGUUCGAGUCCCCGAUGGAUUCAGUGUCCAACGGACCUUUCUAGAGUCUCUUUGGUCCCGUUAGAAUCUCUAAAAACUUCUCCAACAUGAAGGCUUCAGCUGCUAUUACCCUGGUUUUCCUAUCGUUGGCUGUUUUCCACUGCUCAGAGGCAAAACUUGACAAAGCCAAGAAGGAGGCUGCGAUCAAGAAGUGCCAGGCAGAGACCCAAGCCACUGACGAGGAUGUAAUGAAAGUGAGGAAGGAGCACAUUGUACCUGAUUCCGAAGAAGGAAAGUGUUUCAUCGCCUGUGGAUUCAACUCCUACGACAUGCUGAAGGAUAACAGAAUCAACUUGGAAGGUGUGAAUGCAUUCUUUGAGAAGCUCUAUGAUGAACAGGACAAGCGUGAUAUUGCCAUCAAGGCCGCUGCUAGCUGUGCUGCUACUGAAACUGUAUCUGGAUUGAAUGAAUGUCAUUAUGCUGCUAAAUACUUCGCCUGUAUGCAGAGGCAUCCUGACUUUGCCAAGAUGAAGGACGACUUCGAUAUCUAGAUUAAAGAGAUUUCAAGAGAAUUUUUUUCGGAUGUUGAGAAAACCAUCUUCAGCCACAAAAAUUGUAAUCUUUCAAAUAUCACAAUAAUAAAAUUCCAGUUCUUUCAAAAUAUUCUAAUGAAAACCGCUGUGAUGAAAAAUAUACAUUUUUUCUGUUUUUAU